AUGCCAUCCAGAAACUCCAUUAAUAAGCCUAAGGAUAAGCUUCAACGUAAUAGUCAUGCAUCUUCUAUCGGAAAGAAGAGAUCUGCCCGUGCUAGAAAUGGUAUUGUUACCAAGUCAUCUACUCCUCGUUACGAGACAGAUUCUAAUGCAGCUCCUAAAGCAACUGAAUCUAAGGCUAUUGCAUUAUACAAUGGAGCUACAACUCCAACAGGAGUGAUUAUCAAUAAUACUUUAUCCAAUAAGAGAUCAAAGAAGAUUGCUAGAAAUAAGAAGUACAUAGCUAAGAGGAACGAAAAAUUGAAUAUUGAUCUUUUAGCAGACCAAGAACAAAUGGAAGUAGACGAAGAAACUGAGAAAGAAGAACAAACUAAGGCCAAGAAUCAGACCAAGUUAGACAAAAUCAAGGAAGUCUUGUGGGCUGCUGUUGAAGAUAGAGUCAGUGAAGGAUUGAAGGUCAGCUCUGGUACAGAUGGAAACGGUACCACCUUAGGAGUGCAAGCAUUUUAA